UCCGUGCUAACUGGGGGCAGUGACCCGACCAGGUGCACCCGCAGGGAUGCUGAGGCGACGCCCACCUGUGACCCGCCGGUCCUGGUUGCUGAAGGGCCCAGGCCACGGAGGGGCUGCCGGAGAGACGACCAGUGCCCGCGUCGGUGCCCACUGCCCGCCGCCUGACGCAAUCCGAGGUGCCCUUGCUGCAUGCCGGAGCUGGGAAAACCUCCCCCGCGGUUGCAUCACUCCUGCCAGAUUUGCUACAGAGGUGGAACCGAGCCAAUCAGCGGGCGAGCUGGGUCUGGGGCAGGUCCCUCAGUUACCCACUCAGAGGGCGGCGCGGUUAACCGGGAAGCAAAACACGAAGGUGAUUGGUCAAAAGGGGACUUGCCCCGCCCCAAUCACCGCGACAGCUGGCGCGGUGGGCGGGGGCCCGCCUGGCCGGAGGGUUUAAAAGGCGCCUCCGAAGGGGCCGCGCAGCUGGAGCGACCAAGCGGUGCCAGGCCAGGUGUGCGCGUCCGUUGGUCCUUCCGUGCCCGCGCCGGAGACCAGCCCCGGAGGCCGCCGGGCUCGUCCCUGUGCCCGGCACCAUGAAGCAGGAGUCCACAGCCCAGAACACCCCUCCCGCCUCGCCGCCCACUUCGUCACCGGUGCAGCACCCCCGGGAUGACGGUGACCCCCAAGCCCUGUGGAUUUUCGGGUACGGCUCUCUCGUGUGGAGGCCCGACUUCGCCUACAGUGACAGCCGUGUGGGUUUCGUGCGCGGCUAUAGCCGCCGCUUCUGGCAGGGAGACACCUUCCAUCGGGGCAGCGACAAGAUGCCUGGCCGUGUGGUGACCCUACUUGAAGAUCAUGAGGGCUGCACUUGGGGUGUGGCAUACCAGGUUCAAGGUGAGCAGGUGAGCGAGGCCCUGAAGUACCUGAACGUGCGGGAGGCAGUGCUUGGUGGCUAUGAUACCAAGGAAGUCACCUUCUACCCCCAAGAUAACCCUGACCAACCACUCAAGGCAUUGGCUUAUGUGGCCACCCCACAAAAUCCUGGUUACCUGGGCCCUGCACCUGAAGAGGCCAUUGCAACUCAGAUCCUGGCCUGUCGCGGCUUCUCUGGUCACAACCUCGAGUACUUGCUACGCCUGGCAGACUUCAUGCAGCUCUGUGGGCCCCAGGCACAGGAUGAGCACCUGGCAGCCAUCGUGGACGCUGUGGGCACCAUGCUGCCCUGUUUCUGCCCCACUGAGCAGGCUUUGGCCCUGGUCUGAGGGGUUGAGCCCCUGCAGGGCGUGCCCACGUAGACAUGGGGCCACAUCCCUACUCCUGUGGCACACAGUGGACUUGAUACAGCUGGAGCUCACUGAGAGGACUUGGUGGGUGUCUGGGAGCUUCUCUCCUUAAGCCCCUGCCUAUCCCAGCAGUCUCCAGUUCUCCUGCCUGACACUGACUUAUUACUUGAAACUAUUUAUUGCACCAUGUUGGUGUAGUGGGCAGGGUGGGGGGCCUGCCCUGGACAUAGGGGCCCUGCUGAGCGGUGCCUGACUAGAUUCCCCCCAGUGCUGCUGCUAACCCCAUACCACCCAGGCCACUGGCUCCCUAUCCCCAGACCAACUGUUCUAGCCCCGGAAAUAUACCACCUGUGAAAAGUCCCAGCCUGCUGGUAAGGGACAGGAGGGAUUGAAGAGAAGGGGGCCUUACAAGAACUGAGGCACCUGCGGGUCUCGCUCUUCCUCUUCCUCCCACAUUCCUAGGGCAGAACUGGAUCUGGAGCCCAGGCACAGUUGCCUGGGCCUCUUUUAGCCAUCUGGCUUUGUUUCCCUGUCCCUCUGUUUUCUUGUCUGUUGAGGCCUAUAGCUCCUCACUAAAGGCCUGGUACCUUCUCAGUCUGACCGAUACUGUUACUCAUAA